CAUGGCGAACCAAAAAAGAUGAAAACGGAAGGUGGAAAACCCCUAAAUGGAUAGCUGAGAAUUAAGAAUUCAGAAUGGCACACUUCGGAAAAGAUGUAGACAAUUUUAGUGCUACAAGAACCAUUAGAAUUGUUGGAGCUGAAACUAAUGAAAAAUUCACGACAUACAUCAUAGAAGUUGCUGUUGGACACUACGUCUGGAGAGUCAAGCAUCGUUACAAUGACUUUCACGACUUACAUGAUCAGCUUGUAUAUUCCUGUAAAGUGGACAAGUGUCUGCUACCACCAAAGAAAAUGUUUGGGAACCAGAGUGAAUCAUUUAUAAAGAAGCGACAGGCAGACUUGGAGGCUUAUCUUCAGACCAUGCUGUACUACCUAGCUCAUAAAGUCCCAUCUGCCCUGGCCAUCUUCUUACAAUUCGACAAAUAUGAAAUUCAUGGCAUCACACAGUGCAUGGCAGAGGAGUUAUACAACAGAGGUGACAUCCUUCUACAGUCACGGGACCCCUACUUGGUGACCCCCCUUCAGAUGUACUCCCUGACAGAGAGACUCAAACUCCCAGAGCCCACCUGUGAGAGUGGUGAUGUGAAAAAAGACAUUGGACAUAUUCUGGAUUUUAUCACAAGAGUUAAGUGCUUGAAGGUAGCUGGUAGCCGUGAGCGGGUAGGAACCAGUAACAUUGACAUGACACAACUAAAGUUUGACCUCUCUCUGUUCAAAUCCUUACAAUGUCUUGAGACAGAAUGUUGUCAUGUCAGUAAUAUACUGGGAAUAGAAACAAUAAAGGAGACACUGGAAAAAGUCAGUAUACAACAGGGUCUGACCUACAUAAGGGACUUGGUGCUAAAUGGCUUGAAGCAGUGGAAGGCGGAGGAUGGGACAGUGCUGGUCACCCACUGGGACAAUCUGGUGGAGGCUGACUUCAGCCGUAACUCCCUCAGGGAGAUUGAUGACAGUGUGCAACUGAUCCCUCGUGUGGAGGUGUUGGACUUGAGUCACAACAGAUUGAGCGGUGUCCAGCAUCUGAAUUGGCUCAGUCAGCUCACUCAGCUCGACCUCUCAAACAAUGAGAUCAAGGAGUUUGACUCACUUCACACCAAGAUAGGAAAUCUCAAAAUACUCAACCUCUCUGGGAACAAACUCGAGAGCCUCAAAGGUUUGUCCAAACUUUACUCCUUGGAAACAUUGGACGUAAGGAAUAACAAGCUGUCACAGGUGACUGAGGUACAGUAUGUGUGUUGUCUCCCUUGUAUCGAGAAUCUUUAUCUUCAAGGAAACCCAGUGAACCAUGUCCUGGACUACAGAACCAAGAUCCUAGAACAAUGUGGGGACAGAGUCUUAGAGGUAAGAUUAGACGACAUGAAGCCAACACAGAAGGAACUGGACACGGUGGCAGUACUACAGGCCAUCAGGAAGUCUAAAGAAAACAAGGUUAAAAUAGGCACCAACAGGAAGCUGUCAGCAAGUGAACUGCAGUCCAGUGGUUCUAGACAAUCCAGUCUGUCUGGUACUGAAGAAAAGCUUCCAGCUACACCAGAGUUAGGCUGGAGCACACAUGGAUCUUUCAAUGCCACACCCAGUGUUUCAGAUGUGGAUUCUCCCAACUCAUCACGUACUGGAUCUGAUGCUAGUCAAGUCAAGGAUCCUAGCCGCCAUUCCAGUAGAUCCAGUUUAUCAGGAAGUGAAGGGAACCAUACGGGGGAACAACGGCCCCGAUACCGGACGUUGUCCCAAGAUGACUUUUCUAACCCCCCCACAAUAGCCAUCAGCUCACUACCCACUCAACAAGAUCAAGAAUUCAUGGCCUGGAUACAGCAAAGACUUUUUGGCAAAGAUGCUGAACCUGGUGCUAUUGUGGAACAAGUUCUGAAUGUUCUUUGGUGUGGUGUCAUUCAGUUCACCAGACAAGAGUCAUUGGUUCCUUGCUGUGCUGUUCUGUCUCAGAGGAGAAUCUUCAUCUUACGACUGAAGCCAGGAGAAAGUGGGUACCCUGAUGUGCCAGACAUUGAGACCUUUUAUAUAUUACCCCUUUGUAAUGUACAGGAGAUAGUGAUUGGUCCAUGCUACAGCUAUAUCAGACUGGAGGAGUCUUUUGUUGGAGCUAGUGGUACAUUUGUACUGAUAGUGGCAGACUCUGAUGAUGGGAAGUCGUUCUCCGACAGCAUCACAUCAGCUUACAGCGAUGGGGACCUGGGGCCUCUCAAUCUCUUAAACUGUUCACAAAACUCUGACUUAGCCUCCCAUAUAUUUUCUUUAGAAGAUUUGGAGGGACUUUGCACAGGACGAAUAGCUUAUGGAAUGUAUAUCACCAUUGCAGGGGUAGAGCAACCAAGUCUCCUGAUAUUGUCAGAGAACAAAGUUUACCUUGUCCACAUAGACUGCCUUUUCUGGCCAAGGCCUUCUUUCCUAAGUGUGCUAGAAGACAUAAAAAAUCCUAACUUUACAUUCCUUCAACAUCAUUCCAUAACAGCCAAAAUGAGUGACAUUAAAUUGAAUGUGAAACUUAAGCUUUCCUCCAGAUCCAAGAAAACAUCUGCUAUGGAUACUGCCCCUAUACAAUUUGAAAAAUAUGGUUUGUCCAUUAUAUUCCAUGAAUUAGUGGGUCCAGUUGGUUUGCAUCUCUACUUCUAUUCAACCAAAGCCAGGGAUGGAUUUUUGGAUCGAUUGACCAAUUUGAGAGCUGAGCAUGCACAUAGGUUGUCACCAACUAUAAGAGAGGAACCAGAAGGGGGAAAUGAGUCUUCUGACAGCCUUGACAAUACAAGCUCAACACAGCUUGCUGUUCCUUCCCAAAAGGAACCUCAGAAUGACGCCUUGGUGGAAAAAGAAGAUGACAGUUUAAGAGAGGAAAUCACACCAGAUGCCGUAGAACAAGAAUUUCUUGCUGGAACAAUGGCAGAGACUGAGGAGCAAUCUUGCAAAAGUCGUGCGGCUACUGUGUCUGGGGUUACACUUAAAGUCUCACCAGCAAAGGAAGAAGUACCUGAAAUAGAUUAUCUUACAGAUGAACUCUGUGAGCAGCUGACCAAAACCAUCCAGAAAUACUCUCUAGCAAAGAAGAUGCCAUCUAAAUUGAAAGCUCUGAGAAAUAUGACUGGGAAAGAACUUGUGCAGUAUUUCCAUUCUGACAUUGCAAUGAUUGGGGUGGAUUACGAACAACUUCACUUCGUACUUUGGUCUGUCGUAAUUCCCUAUGAUCGUCCUCAUUCCGAAAUCAUUUCCUGUGUGAUGCUUAGCACCAAAGCUGUGUAUUUUGUGUCCAACCAGUUGGUCAAGUCUCCCAUGAAAGAGAGACAGUCAUGGAUGACCCACACUCGCCACAAAUCUGAUUCCAUUGUCUUAGGUCAGCAACCUGUUCAGAUGGACCACCACCAUACUUCAGGAAUCAUUCACAACAGUCAGCGAGGUACAAUCAUCCGACCGUACCACAUUUUGAAGUACUCAGACCUCCAUCAGGUCAAUGUUGGGUUGUUUGAUCAGUGUGUACGACUUACUGGUCAUGACAGGCACACAGUAAAUACUUUAGUAACCCGUGAUAGUGCAGUAACAGAAAAGUUUCUAAAUCAACUAACUACGAUGCUUUCAAUAUUCACAUCUUCACCCAUGUUGGACAAGAGUUCAUCUGACUUAGAGCAGGAUUUCUACAGGGCCUUUGAAAGGAGGACUAAAACAGUUGUUGAUGGAAUGGAAUAUGUACACCCCAGUAAAGUUCAGUUCAUCUACCCUGGGGAAGAUGUUAUGUCUGAUCUCUUGUAUAUAAUUACUGAGCAUCUCAAACUGCCAGUCACUGCCAAACGAAAGGCUGAUAUUCUGAUGUAUUGGAUUGGUUACUUAGCUACAGAGGAACACCAUGCAGGAUCAGUCGAUCAUGUAGAAUCCCGUAGUAUGGUCUUGACCAAUCAGUAUCUUUGUUUCAUCCUGGAAGAUGUCAUUAACUAUCCUAUUCCUGAUUUUGCACGAGGACUUCCAAACUCUCCCAGGUACAAAGUUACCAACACAAUGAAAAUAAGUCAUUUGAAGCGAGUACUUAUGUUCAAAGACAAUGAACACAAACUUAGUUUGAUAUUCUCUGAUGAACCUGAUGAAAUCAAUGUGGAUACGUCAUCGGACCAUUUCAGUUUGGAAAAUAAUUCUAAUGGUCGUCUGUCGCCCCCUGAAAUAGAAACCACAAUUCUUGUUCAGAGUCCUAGAGACAUUAACAAGUUCAUGCUCCUUCUGAAAAACCAAUGGAGGGAAGUUCAAGAUGGCGAAGAACUUGAGGUUCACCUUUUGUGAUUGCAUUUUCAGCACUCUCUCUGACUUGUUAAUUUGUGCAAUAGUUGACAUUCGUUGAGAUAGUCUUGUUUAUACACCAAUCCUGUUUUUGCCAAAUGUAUAUCACUGUUAUGAACAUGUGCAUUGUAUGUACUGGUCAGUAAUCAUGUUAUAAUGAUACUUGUUAUUAUGGUUGUAUGAAAGAUUUUAAA